GGUCUUCCGACAGUGCAAGGCCGUGGUGCUGAGAGCACUGACGGGCGUGAGAGGAAAAUUUCCCCUGCGAGUGAAAAUAUUACGCAGCAGUGCGCUUGACGAGCACAGAGCCUCCAAUUUCAUUCAGUGUCCGAAGAAACGCCGAGCAAGCGCUGCCCUAAAAUGAAGUCAGCGUUCUUAGCAUGCGUCAUCCUAUGUUGGGGAGCCGCAUCAGGUCGCAGCAUCACCAGAAGACACUUUAGAUGGUGGCCGUCGGAAGCCAACCACGAAAGGUUUCCCCUUGGAUUGGCUGGCCAAGACCCCGUUACCGGCGAGUCUAGUUCUGCUGAAAUAACUCGUAGGCUGGCCUCGGGCGCUUACAAUGGUGCUCACAGAGGCAGCUACAGUGGUGGCUAUGGUGGCGGCUAUAGAGGUAGCUACGGGGGUGGCUACGGUGGUGGUUACGGAGGUGGUUAUGGUGGUGGCUACGGAGGCGGUUAUGGCGGUGGUUACGGAGGCGGUUAUGGAGGUGGAUAUGGAGGUGGCUAUGGUGGUGGUUAUGGAGGCGGCUAUGGUGGUGGUUAUGGAGGCCAAAGUGGAGUCGUCACAAGUGGAGAAAGUGGCAGUGAUAUCAGAAGCAGCAACGGACAAGGUGGUGGAAGCGCAGGUGGAAGCACCAACGAAACUAGUAGCAGCAGCAGGUAUGGAGGUGGCUUCGGUGGCGGCUAUGGAGGUGGACACAGCAGCAGUCUUGAAAGCCACAGUAGGGUCAUGAGUAGUGGUGAACGAAGCAGCGAUUUACAUAGAGGCGGAAGUAGAAACCGUAAUGAAACAGGAACAGGAAGUGUUACAAGAUACGGAGGAGGCUACGGAGGGGGAUACAGAGGCAGUUACGGCGGAAGUUAUGAAGGAACAGCAACGAGUGGCACAAGCACCACUCAUACCAGAAGCGGGAGUGGUCACGUUGGAGGAAGUGCAAAUGAAAGUGGGAGGGACAGCUCAUACAGAGGCGGCAAUGGAGGUGGUUACGGAGGUGGUUAUGGAGGUGGUUAUGGAGGUGGUUAUGGAGGUGGCUACGGUGGCCGUCAUACAGAAAUGAGUGCAGGAGUAAGUGGUGCUGAAAGUGACAGCCAUUCCAGAAGUGGGAGCGCAUACGUCCGCGGCUACGACCGCAAAAAUGAGGCAGGUAGUGCCAGCCGAUAUGGAACUCGUUCUGGAGCUGGUUACAGAAGUGACUACGGAGGUGGCUACGGAGGUGGCUAUGGAGGGCAUAGUAGGGUACUAAAUGCUGAAGAAAACAGCACUGACACCUCAAGUGGCAGUGGAUACGCCAGUGGCAGCAACAGUGGAACUGCAAGUGGUAGCAUACAUGGAGGUGGCUACGGAGGUGGACAUGGAGGCGGCUACCGUAGUGGUUAUGUAGAGCGCACCAGGGUCGUGAACGCUGGCGAAAGUGUUACUGACACAAGACGUGGCAGCGAACAAGGCAAUGUAGGCAUGAAUGAUACAGGAAGUGGCAACAGAUAUGGAGGCGGCUAUGGAGAUGGCUACGGUGGCGGUUAUGGAGCACAGAGACGGGUCGUAGGCAGCCUCGGAAGCGACAGCGACAGGGCCAACGGCAGCGGAUCUGGAGGUGGAUACGGAAGUUACGGUGGUGGUUACGGAGGAGGUUACGGAGGCGGCUACGGGGGCAGCUACGGAGGCCAUAGUAGCAUCGUCAUUGACAGCGAAAGCGGCUCUAAUAUCAGGAGCAGCAAUGACUACGGGCGGGGAAGAGGCAGCAAUGAAACUGGUAGUGACAAUGCAUACCGCCGUGGAUACGGUAGUGGUUAUGGUGGAGGACACGGUGGUGGUUAUGGAAGCAGGAGUAGGGUUGUGAAUGGAGCCGAAAGUGACAGCGAAAAUAGUAGAAGCAGCGCAUAUGGUAGUAGAAGAGGAGACAUAAGCGUGAGUGAAACUGACGGCGAAACCGGUGGAUAUCGAGGCGGAAACAGAGCAGAAAGCGGCAGUGAAGCAGGAAGCGGAGGAGGAGGAUAUGGAGGUGGAAGCGGUGGUGGAAGCGGUGGUGGAAGCGGUGGUGGAAGCGGUGGUGGACGCGGUGGUGGAAGUGCUGGUGGAAGUGGUGGAGGAAGCGGUAGUGGAAGCAGUGUAAGAAGCAGCAGCGAUGGAGACAGAAGCAGGAAUGAAGCCAACGAUGAGAGUGAGAAUAGCCGUGGCUUUGGUCGCGGUUCCGGUGGCAGUCGUGGCGUAUAUGGUGGCGUAUACAAUAGUGGGUACACUGUCCGAUAUGGAGAAAGAACAAGCUCACGUGUUGAAACUUCCCGGGCUGGUGUGCCAUGUGUCACAGUGCGCAACUGCGGCAGCCUACUGACAGCCGCCAUGGCUGUCCAACCAAGUGUCGGCCGUUCGCAUAAUCAGCAUUUGACGUCAAGGGGACACGUGCAAGAAAUCGUCGACGAAAGUCAAGCGCGGCUACGUGUCCAGCAGGACAUUAGUUCUCCGCGAGCGACGGAAAGUAAUGAACUCUUGAGCGACGACUGAAAUCCUUAUGUCAACCACCUAAUGUCAUGAUAGCAGUCAAUGCGUCGCAUCGAAUUCGACAUUGGGAAUCAACCUUUGAGCAGGUUACUUCAGCUUUGGCAAUAAAGAUUCAAUAUUCACUAUUUGUAA